GUUGAUGACGAUUUCUGUAAACAAUCGACGGGAGAUUUUGAUUCCUUCGUGAUUAAGUGAAAAAGAAAUUAAAGAUUAUUUUAAAAUGUCUGAUAAGAAUAAAGUUUUCCAAUAUGUGCAAUUAAAGUCUGUGGUCUCUCCAGAUUUCUGGUACAAAUUAGCUGAAACAAAAUUAAAUAUUGAAAAAUUGAAUGAGAACUCAAAAAAUAUCUUCGGAAGUUUCACAAAUUUCAAUUCACAAAAUUGUGUUGUUAAUUUAGAUUGUACAGCUUUCAAUAGUCAUUUCAAACCACGCAUAAACUCAUUUCAUUGUCACGGUACUCUACUGAACAGAAAUACAAUUGAAUCCUUUAAAGAUUCUGACAAAGCUGAGUUAUUAAAAAAGGAAGGAGAACAACUUAUUGAUAAUAUUGUCAAUGGAUUAUGUUUGGAAGAUCCUACACUUUUAGUUCCUUUCAUAUUACUUUCUUAUGCUGAUCUCAAGAAAUAUAAUUUCUAUUAUUGGUUUGCAUUUCCUGCUUCAAUUGAUCCUGUUUUUUAUGAAAAUUCUACACCUCAAAAGCUUGUUGAUGUAUUUCCCCAACAAGAUAUUGCAAACUUCAAUGAUACUUAUAGGAAUUUUGAGGAUCAGAGACUUGUCUCGUUUUUCUUAUGUAAUGAGAAGCUUGAGAUCAAAUUAUUGAAAGAUUUAAUACGUUGUGAUAAUCUGGAAGGAAAUUUAAAAGAAGUUGACUUAAAUUUAACUUAUUUCAGUUUCUCAGAUCCAAGUGAAUAUGAAAAUCCUGCUUGGCCACUCAGAAACUUUGUUUUCAUGCUUUUAAAGCUUUGUCCGAAUUUAAUUGGAAAACAAAUCAAAGUAAUUUCAGUACGACAAGAUAGCAAAAGAACAUUAACCCCUAGUUUAAUAUUCACUCUUGAUCUACAAGCAGUAAAGAUUAACGAGAAAGAUGAAAUUAAAUGGACAGGUUGGGAAAGAAAUAAUCAAGGAAAACUUUUACCCAAAAUGUCUUCAAUGGGCGAAUCAAUGGAUCCUGAAAAACUUUCUGAUCACUUCUCAAAUUUAAAUCUUAAACUAAUGAAAUGGCGAUUACUGCCAAACUUAAAUCUCGAUGUCAUAAAAUCACAAAAAUGUUUGUUGUUUGGUGCAGGAACAUUAGGUUGUGCAAUUGCUCGUAAUCUUCUAAGUUGGGGAGUAUCAAACAUAACUUUUGUUGAUUAUGGGAAUGUCGCAUUUUCAAAUCCUGUUAGACAGAAUCUGUUUACACAUGAUGAUGCUGUAAAGAAGAAGCCAAAAGCAAUAGCAGCAGCUGAACGACUUAAAGAAAUUCUUCCUCAUAUUAAAGCUUCUGGUCAUGUUCUUCAAAUACCAAUGCCAGGCCAUAUUAUAAGCGAUUCAAUGCGACAAAAGACAAUCGAAAAUAUUCAUCAAAUAAAACAACUCGUUGAAUCUCAUGACGUGAUGUUUCUCUUAACAGAUUCACGUGAAUCACGUUGGCUACCAACAUUACUCGGUGCAAGCUUUGGAAAGAUUGUGAUAACAACAGCGCUUGGUUUUGAUAGUUAUUUGGUGAUGCGACAUGGUGGUGCGUCUUUGAACGAAGUUAAUGAUGACGAUAUGAAUGUGCCGGGUUUAAAAUGUAUUUCGGGUUGUCGACUUGGUUGCUAUUUUUGCAACGAUAUCACCGCACCAGGAAAUUCAAUGAAAGAUCGAACAUUGGAUCAACAGUGUACGGUGACACGACCAGGUGUCUCAAAUAUUUCAUCAGCUAUUGCUGUUGAACUUCUCGUGUCCAUUUUGCAACAUGAAAAGAAACAUUCAGCACCAGCUUAUUAUCAAAUGUCACAUAAAGAUGCCGAUGCUUCAAUUCCUGAGGGAAUUUUAGGAAUCGUUCCACAUUCAAUUCGUGGAUAUCUCAACAAUUUUGAGCAUAUUUUGCCGGCUACUGAAAGAUUUUCACAAUGUAUUGCGUGUUCAGAGAAAGUUCUUAAAGAAUUUGAGAAAAAUGGUGAGGAUUUCUUGUUGCGAGUCUUCAAUUCUGCAGAAUAUCUUGAGGAAAUUACGGGAAUAGAUAAAAUUGCCGAGGUUGAUAAUGCUAUUAUAGAUUGUGAUGAUUUCGACAUCGAUUCUGAAUAGUUGAGACAGAAUAAAAGAAAAAUAUAAUGUUGUUAAUGUUGAGUUAUAAUUAGGAAGAUUAAACUUGAAUAAAAUUUCGUUUUGAUAAAUUAACAUUCAUUUCAAAUCUUCAUGCUUGAAGCCAGGAUUAGAAAAAACCUCAUAAAAUUUACAAUCUUCUUUCGUCUGAAUAUGAUCAAAGCUGAAAACUCUUGCCGCCAUUCCAUCAGUUCCAACUACUUUGAAUCCUGUUAAUUGUUCAAAAAUUGGAUGUUGAUAGUCAGUGCCAGUAGGUGGACGUGUUCGAAUAAACUUAAAAUUAUAAUCAAGGAGAUGUUUUCCAUUCAUUGCGACACGAAAUGACGAGCUUGUUAUAGCGACUGCGAGAGUAAAUUCAUUUUUUAAUGAAAAUGGUUGAAUUUGGAAUCUCUUCUCAUCUCUCGACCAU